AUGAACAGUAUUACUGAAAAUCGACAAAAGUCUCGUUCACCACGAUCACAACCAAUUGAUCGACAUUUAUCUGAAAUUGGUGAAACGGAUGGAACCGUUUAUAUUAAUGCUGGUAUUGAUUCGACUUGUUCUAAAAAACGUAGUCGAACAAUACACAAAUUAAUAGAUGGCAUUGUAGUUUUCACGACACAAACAGAUGAUUCAAAUUUUGAUCACGACAAGUCAACGUCUUUAUUAUUAAAUAACAGGACAUAUGAAGAUCAAACGGAUGUGACCAAUAUCAGCUGUUGUAUUCAUUGUGGCAAAGAAAAUAAAACCAUAAAAGACAUUUAA